UGAACCAUGUGAUGGACGCAUCCGAGGCUCACCGUAGUAUUCCUUCUCCUUGUGUGGCUUUGCAGUGUUCCACAGAAAGCAAACCAAAACUGCCAUGUGUGAGCCUACAGUUACUUUCAGAACAGUGUGACGUGAGCAGCCCUGUGAGAGUCCAGUGGGGCAGGUGCCUUUCUCAUCUCUCGGUGCUCCGGGCCACAGGGAGAACCGCUGCACUAACUCCUAAAUCAAGUUCACGUCAGUUCACGGGAAGCCAUUACUUAGGUGAUGCUCCUUCAUUCUGUUGUUCUGAUUCGAGCUGGACAUGACAUAACCGUUUCCUCCUGAGACCCCACGGCGGAGAAGGGAAGACGAAUACCCACCGGGAAGUAGAGUGAUACAGGGCCCAGUUAGGAUGAGUGGGGUAAGGUGUACGCUCUCUGGAAGGCGAAGGGUGAGGCUGCCGCCGGGAGUCGGGACGAGGGCCUGGGAGCUGGGCUCUGUCUGCAGUGGAGGACCUGUGGGGAAGCUCUUCCUCUGAGGCGUGGAUGGUGAAUAUUUAAGAGCAAGGGCGUUUGGAGUCAAAUUGACAAGGGCAGCCCCUCUGUCCUUGGUGCCUCGGCCUCUUCCUGGCAACAUGGGGAUAGUUAAUGGGACCAUUGGCUGAGUGUUGGGGCUGGAGGUGAAGGGCAGCUCUUUGUGGUCAGAGUCAUCGUGGGGGAGUUGUUGAUGGUGAGCUUUGGAAAGUCCAACAGACCUGGAUUCACAUCCUGGCCCGGCACUGCUUUGCCCUGAGCACUUGAGCACGUCCCUUCACCGUGUGGUUUGUGUUCCAGUGCGUGACGUGGCCACGCGGACACGGGCCGUGGGUGGUGGUUGGCAAGGGUGCUUCCUGCAGUCCUGGCUCUCCGUAGCCGUCAGCAGCACUCUGUUUCCUCGAGUAUUGCUCACCUUGAUGUCUGUUUCUGCAGCUUGCUUGCCGAUGGCCAGUUUAAGUGCGGCUUUGCUCCCAACUGAGACUAGGAUGAUUUGAUGAAAGCCUUUGUCAGUUGACACAGCCCUGUGACAGAGAGACCCCUUCGGUCACACAGGUAGAUGGAAGUGCUUACAGCCCGUCUCUGAAGGAGGUGGGGCCAAGGGAGCCCAUGUUUCACAGACCCGGAGACAGAAACUUGGAGGUUCAGGCGCUGCCGGGAAGGAGACUGGAACCCACAUCUGGACGACACUGUUUUCCUGCUGACAGUAAUGGGAAAACCGUCUUCAUCAGUGAGGGAGGCCAGUGCAUGGAAGGCAGCCCUGACGGGCUGGUGUAGAAAAAAUGACGAUGGGGACACAAGUGUUGUUGUUGAGAAGGACCAUUUCAUGGAUGAUUUCUUCCAUCAGGUUGAGGAGAUCAGAAGCAGCACAGUUAAAACAGCUCAGUAUGUUGAAGAAGUAAAGAAAAACCACAGCAUCAUUCUUUCUGCACCAAACCCAGAGGGAAAAAUAAAAGAAGAGCUUGAAGAUCUGAACAAAGAGAUCAAGAAAACUGCUAACAAAAUCCGAGCCAAGUUGAAGUCUAUUGAGCAAAGUUUUGACCAGGAUGAGAGUGGGAACCGGACUUCAGUGGAUCUUCGCAUCCGGAGAACCCAGCAUUCUGUACUAUCUCGGAAAUUUGUGGAAGUUAUGACAGAAUAUAAUGAGGCACAGACUCUGUUCCGGGAGCGGAGCAAAGGACGGAUACAGCGUCAACUAGAAAUAACUGGAAGAACCACGACGGAUGAUGAGCUGGAGGAAAUGCUGGAGACCGGGGGCCCUUCUGUCUUCACGGCAGACAUUAUAUCAGAUUCACAAAUUACUAGACAAGCGCUCAAUGAAAUUGAGUCUCGUCACAAGGACAUCAUGAAGCUGGAGACCAGCAUCCGGGAGCUGCAUGAAAUGUUCACGGACAUGGCUAUGUUCGUGGAGACCCAGGGCGAAAUGAUCAACAACAUAGAAAAAAACGUGAUGAAUGCCGCAGACUACGUAGAGCACGCUAAGGAAGAAACGAAGAAAGCUAUUAAAUAUCACAGCAAAGCUAGAAGGAAAAUGAUGUUCAUUGUUAUUUGUGUGAUUGUUGUGCUUGUGAUCCUUGGAAUUGUCCUCGCAACAACGCUGUCAUAGCAACGAUGUCCUGAGGGCCACUCUCCUCGGAGCCAGACCACAGCUGCAGCAGGUCCGUGCCUCCAGUUCCACGCCUGAGCCCCAGGCGCCGUGACGUAUGGCGCUGGGUGCUGAUCUUGUCUUAGUGAAGGCGAGGGGAAAACUUGACAGGAUGCGUCGUGCAGGGAAGGUCUGUGAGCCGGAUGGGCGUGCCCGUUACCCCCAAUGUCCCUGGACUCCGAACAGCACAUCACCAAAAUGUAACGAGGUGAAACUUAUUUCAAUGGCCUUAAAAUAAGGAAUUAUUGAAAAUUUCAAUUUUUUUUUAUAUUUCAGUGUUAAAAACACAUGUGAAGUUUAAUUAGGAAUACUUUAUGUUAGGAAGGUACUAGAUUUCAGGUCUGAGCUUUCCUUCCCCACCCCUUCAGCUAACAUGCUAAUUAAGAGACGGUUUUGUACUGUGUUUAAAUCGUGUUUGUUUGGUGUUUGCAACAAAAAUGUUUAUCAUCAGAGCUAUUUUGUAAGAUAUCUAUAAUUUUAAAUGUUUAUAAAUUAUUUAAUAUAUUAACAUCUUAAUUUACUCCAUUUUUAUAUAUUGAAUAUUGCCUUUUGAAAGAGUGCUUGUAGUAUUGGAGCUUUGCAUAGUUGUUUACCAUUUGCCUCUGGCAGAGCACACGUCGGCUGCAAAGCCCCUGGAAAGCCUUUCAAGUGCCUUGUUGAUACUGAUUUGUGAGGUUCCAGUGCACCUGACCCCUCCAGGACAGUCCCCGUUCCUCUGCUCAUCUCCACGGCCCGAACUCAGACAUCAGUUCCUGCGCUGUGAAAGGCCAUGGCCUCUUGCUUGUUCAUUAGAAAUAAGGUCUGUGUGUCCCUGUUUACAUUAAUGAGGCCUGAGCUUAGGAUGGUGAGAAGACCAAGAUUUAGUACUUUCUAAACUCAUGGAAAUUAUUUCCAGACGUUAAUUCUUCUAAAUGUAAACUGUUGUACAGAGUCCUGAAAUGCCCUUGUUAAGUACUCACUAUUCUGCUGAACUUCAAAAGUGAAUUCCCAAAGUUUAUAGGAAUCUAUAGGUAAACAUUUUAUUGCUCAUUCAUGUUUUUUAGUAUAAUAUGGUUUAUUUUUUGACUUGUAAAAUGUAUGGGAUCUCACUAGUGAGUGGACGUCUUGAAGAAAGCAGCUAGUCAAAUUGUAAAUGAAUGUGAAGGAUGUUCAAAAUGUCACAAACCGGUUUCCACUGUCCAUGACGGUGUAAGCGCACGCCUGUGUUCUGACGUUGGUUUGGAAACGGAUGGGGACGUUUGACUCCGCACAGUAGGUGUGAAUGAUAUUGAGCAGUUUGCAAACUGUGUUCUGUAUGUAAUCCAAUCAUGAAUUCCACUCGUUCCUAAUUUAUGCAUCCAGCGGCCUAGCUUAGACUCCGAUCUGAACGGAUGCAUUUCGUUUGCUGGCUGGUCACCUCUGCGUCCUCAGAAUUACGAGAGGAGCCUUCUGGCUGUCACGUGUUCUUAAAAACCUUGAAAUGGCCUGUCAGUGGGGUGUGCUCACCGACGUGUGCCUACGUCGGAGACGUGCCUGGAGGGAUGUUUAAAUACGUAGUGAUCCUGCUUGUAUUUGUGUAGCUUCUGUGCACCUGUUUGUGUCAUUAUGUCCGU